AAAUAGUUUUUUAAAACAUUUAUAUUUUAUGUCAUUUUAUAUGUUUCAAAAACUUAAUUUUAAAAAAAAAAAUUAUAUUUUAUGUCAUUUUAUAUGUUUCAAAAACUUAAUUUAAAAAAUAAUAAAAAAAAAUCUAGUUUUUUGAAUACUAUAGUAUGAAUGUGGAUAUGCUCUUUUUAGAUUUUUGACAAAUUACCCGCAAUUUGUCUGUGCAUACAGAAACAUGUCCACUAUUAUUGAUACUAUAGGAUAAUGAUAAUUAAUAUCUUAUAUGAAAUGAAAUACGAUGAUAAAAUUUAUUUAUUAUUAUGUAAGAAAAAUUGAGGUUUGAAAAUAAUUUUGGUAUGAAUACCCCACGGUAUUGGCGUAAUGGCUACUUUUGCAAGCACCGGAUGAAGAAAAAGUAAAGCUAUUUUGGUUGGUUUGCUUUAACAACUCAAAGGCGUUCAUAUUUUUAUGGGGGACCAUUUGGCAUGAUGGCAAUAAAGGCCAAUUUCACAAAUAGAAUGUUCCUCUUUUUAGGAACUCAUUUUCCUUUUCUUCCCACUUUCACCAUACAUUUAUAUACUACUAUAUAAAUACCACAAGUUGAAAUUUUCAUGGCAAUUAAAGUGAUAGUUUCACUUCAUAAUUUUAAGGAAAAUAAUGAAGUUAUGUUUUUAAUGGAUCUAGUGAGUAAAAUUAAAAAUAUUGCUAAAAGUUGAACUUAUAAGAUGGUUUAGAAAGUCAUCUAAAAUGUGUGAAAAUUUUAACAAAUAGUUUAUUAAAAAAUAGGAUAGUAUAUUGAUAAAAGUAACAUAAAAUGAUGACCAAAAUAACUUUAUGAAAAUAACAACUAAAUUAUAUAGUUUUGAUGUGGUACUAUUUAUGACCAGCACAAUCAUAGUCAUAAGUUAACUAAUCGUAGGAAUGGUGUGUAAACACUUUUCAAAAUCUAUAAUUUCUAUUAUGGGUAUCAUGAAACCAAAAUUUGAUAAUCCGGAAAAAUAUAAUUUGGAUUAAAGCAAAAUCCGAUAUUCAAGAAAAAUUAAAUAUCUUGUUUUUAUUUAAUACACUUUAGAUAAAUUGCAGAUAAAUAUAAUGAAAAAGUGUGUUAUGUAAAACUAGCAAGUAUAAUUAUAUACCAUGGUAAUUGAUUCCGGUUAAGAUAAGGCAAGAAAGUUGUGUUGUUGGGAAUAGACACAAUGCUUAGGUUUUGGAACGAAACUGUUGAAGGGAUAUAUAAUCGUUAUAUAUGGAUCUUGUUUCCAUCACCAUGAACGAUAUGCCCGUAGAAACUUACCAAGGGUGUUGCCCCCCAUGUUUCGAAUAUCAAGUUAGCUUAACAAAGUGUGCAAGGUACACACUUCAAGCUCGCAUUAUAGCUAAACUUUUAUUCAAUUUUAUCUCAACCUAAUCUCGAUUAUACGAUCACACUAAAAACAUCAAUAUUAUAAGGGUAACUAUGUUGAAUAUUUUUUUAAACGACGAAAACUUAUUAAAAACGCACUAGCAAUAAAACUAGCCAAGCACAGGAACUACAUCAUGCAAUAGUUAGGUGGUGUCUUGAACAACCCAACCUAAUUAGGCCAUGUGGUAUGGAGGUAGUUUGACGCGUAAAGGGUGACGUGGAGGGGGGUAUUUACGCGUGAACACCACCCCCCUCCCUGGUGAAUGUGACGCUGAUUGACAUGGUUCACGAGUGGUUACGCGCAAUUUGAUUGGUUGCUUUUUUUUACCGUUUUCUCCCAUUUACUCUUGACCGUUAACAUUUAUUAAAAAAAUUCUUUUCAAAACUAAAACCUCACAUAUAUAUACAAACAUAAUACAUAUCACAUAUUUUACAACAACUACAAAAAAAAUCACACUCAACAAAAAGAAUAUGAAUAUUUUUUUGGAUUCCAUUUCUUCUCCUUCAUCAUCUGAUGAUGAUGAGUUGGUUAUGCACACGUUGUUGUCUACGGCACACGACAUUGUACGUCAGAGAGGCGAAUUUUCAAAUGUCGAGAAGAAACGAAGAAAGUCCAUCAACCAGGAUCGAGAGGCGGCGAACGAACUUUUAGUACAUGAUUACUUUAACCUUGAUAGUUUAUACGACCUAUCGAAGUUUGAGGAUCACUUUCGUAUCAGUAGAAAUUUAUUUCUACGUAUAGCUAGAGAUUUGGAAAACAAUUAUGAGUUCUUCCAAUUGAAAUGGGAUGCUAGGGGUAAACGUGGGUUUACUACGUUUCAAAAAUGCACAGCAGCUCUUAGACAAUUAGCGUACGACAUAGCCGUAAACGCUUCAGAUGAAUAUUUGAAGAUGUCUGCGAGGACCGGUCGAGAAUACACAUAUCUUUUUUGUGAGUAUACUAUAGAGCUUUAUGGCGAUAUAUACUUGAGAAAUCCGACCAAAAAUGAUGUAGAACAGUUGUAUGUCGCACAUCAGGCUAAACAUGGAUUUCCAGGGAUGCUAGGUAGCAUUGAUUGUAUACAUUGGGUGUGGGGAAAUUGUCCCAAUGCAUGGCGAGGGCAAUUCACACGAGGUGAUCAUGGUGUGCCUACUGUUAUACUAGAAGCAGUUGUUUCACAGGACCUCUGGUUUUGGCAUGCAUUUUUUGGUAUGGCAGGGUCAAACAACGACCUGAAUGUGCUUGGAGCAUCUCCAUUAUUUAACAAUAUUUUGCAAGGUAAAGCACCAAACAUGUCAUACAUUAUUAAUGGACGUGAAUACAAUCAUGGAUAUUACCUUGCUGAUGGGAUAUAUCCAGAGUACGCUACAUUUGUCAAGUCAUACACAUAUCCAGCUAAUGAAAAAAGGAAAUUGUUCAAAUUAGCACAGGAAUCUGCAAGGAAGGAUGUGGAGUAGGCGUUUGGGGUCCUCAAACAGAAGUGGCACAUAAUCAAAUAUCCAGCACGAGCAUGGGAAAGGGAAAAAUUGAUGAAGUAAUACAAGUCGGCAGCCCAUCAUAAUUUACAAGGCUUUUGGAAAUACAAAAUAGUGAAACAAAUCACAAUUUACGUCAAGAUUUGACUGAGCACAUAUGGCAACGACAAUUUGAAGACAAAAACGAAGUGGAUGAGUAUGCGGACGAUGAGGACAACGAUGCAAACGAGUAGUUUUUUUCAGUGUUUUUUAUUAAUUUUUAUGUUAUUAGUAAAAUGUACGUUGAAUUUUAAAAAUAUCAUUUUUAUGUU